CGGUGAAGAAGCCGUAUGGUCGUCAUAGUAUGUGAUUAAUAACUAUAGAUUCUUAAAUGAUUACGUUCAGCAGUAAGAGCUAUUAUUUUUUACAAUCUUACUUCUACAUAUUUUAUAGUAUUGAUCCAAGAUUCCCAUUCCAUUAGUCAAAAUUAACAGCUUAAAGAUACAUAUGAGACUAAGAGAUGUGUUACAGGAAGCUUUAAUGAUGGUGAUAAAAGUACAAUAAUAGUUCUUGCGGCACUUGAAAGAUGUCUUCACCCUCCAUUAACAUCAUUCUACUAAAUGAAUGUUCCCAUUUACAGCAUAUCGGCGUCAAAAUUUUAAAGAAAAAGCUUCUUCCAAUAUUAGAUAUGAGCUUUAGAUAGCUUUUCUGCAAGAUUGUCAUCAUCCGUAGUAUCCUGAGCUUUUUCUUCUUCUUCUUCUUCUUCCUCUUCCUCCUCAUCGUCUUCCUCGUCUGUCAAUUCUUCCAUGUCGUCCAGCUCAUCGAGUUCACCACGGCCACGACUACUAAAUAAUUCACGAAGUUCAUCGACAACAUCAUCUUCUUCAGAAAAGCGAUUACCGUUAAGUUCUAAGAAAUAGAUGUCUGGAAUUUUCUCCUCAAUAACGGACUUUAGUGCACGGACGGAGUCUACUUCGAUUUCAUUGUACUGUAAGCGUAAAGUUUGCAAUGAAAUGGUUUCUUGAUUUGACAAAGAAUCCACAAUUGCAAUGGCUCCGUGGUUGGAGAGCAAGCAAUCAUUAAGACCUAGUUCGCGAAGUUGAGGCCAUUUGCUAAGGCUAAGAGCUAAGGCACUAGAUCCUUGGUGAGUGAAGGUAUUGUCUUGCAGGUCAAGGAUACGAAGUUCGGAGCAAUACGCAAGUCCUUCAACUAACAAUUGCUCAAUACCUUCAGGGCGAAUUCCGUUUUGAACCAUCUUAACAGUAUGAAGGCCGCUGUGAGCACGAACAGCGGCAGCCCAAUCCUUCAUGCUACCAUUUUCAAGGCGAUUACGACCGCAAAUAACUGAUUUAAGAGGGGCAGCUUGGGUUUGCUUCUUGACAUCAGCUAAUGCUUGUAAAGCGCGAGCAAUUUUCGAACCGGCUUCAGGACCUAAGCCGUUGUUAUGUAAAUAAAGAUGCUCUAAAGGUUUGUGGUUGGAAAUAAAAUGGAUUAGGGGCUCUUGGGCAGUAGGACCAAAUGCAUUGUCGCUCAAGCGGACAGUGUUCACCUUAGGACACUGAAGAAGUGCUUGUAAAAGGCAACGAAGGGCUUCAGGAAUUUCGUCUUUCACACGACCCGUGAAGAUAUCGCUGAAUUCUGCAACUUCUAAGUUCUUCUUUUUUACAAUAAUUUCGGCCAACCAUUUAGCUGCCUCAGGUCCGAUCGUGUUUCCUGAAAGUACAAUUUCUUUUAUAUCAUCAUCCUUGAUAAAAGCAGAGAAGACGUUUUCUUCGUCUUCCUUAGUAAUUUUAUCAAGUUUUAAAGUUCUUCCUUCAAUUGAAAAGCGAGACAUCUUCUUGGCCUUUUGCAAAUAAAGCUCUUGGCUAUUGUUGUGGUGGUGUGGAGGAUGAUCUGUAAAUUCUUCGAGACAAGUAAACGAAGGGCUAGAAAGACAGUUAUUGAAAAAAUGCUCAAGGAGGGAAAGAAAACAAACCUGUUUGAAAUUGAAGACUGUUUAGGCUGAUACCAAUGCGACUUCUUACGAAGAAGAUGCAAUGGAGUUUCAAACAUUUGUACAAACAAGAGACCAAUGGGUCAAGAAAAGGAGAUGAAUGACAUCUUUUUUGAAUAUAAAUGGAAAAUAUGUUAAAAGCAAUCGAUGGUUUCAAAGAAUCUGUCUGAUAUCUUUUCCAAGAAACGAGCGGUUGUCGGUUAUUGUCUGCAUGACUGAUGAAACGUCGAAAACCAGAUCUUCUUAAAUAGACUGACACCGUAGACUAUUCAGGACUUUGGAAAUAAUUAAUGUCAAACCUUUGACAGUUUGGUACAUUAGUUGGUGUGCUACGCAAUGAAAAGGUAGGAUCGUAGCUAUUUGGGGGAAUUUUACGUAUUAAAAUAAAUCCUUUAUUCAGUUUUGGAUUUAGCUUUCGUAUCUCUGUUCUCGUUCACUGCUUCUUGAAUUUUAUGAAAGAUAAUUGCAUACUUAAAGAGUCUCUUAAGCCAAAGGCAGCGAUUAUUUAUUCUCUCUACAGCUCAAUUCUCUAAAAAUGAGAUAUAGAACGAACUUUUAUAUAUCCCUUUAUACAUUUUACCAUCUAUUUUUGUCAUAGAAGAGAAUGCACUAUACGGGGACAUUUCAGAAAUCCAAAGUCGGACGUUUCUGAAGACGUUAAUUUUCCUGGAAUAAUUAGAUGUUAUAAGAAUAAAAAGGCUCUAGCACUGGUAAUGGCCACUUCCAGUAUUUCGGAAAAGAGUAUGCAAGUUGCUUUCAAAACCUCAACUUCUGGUCCACUAAUGAAUAGAACUUUCUAUCAUAAGUUAUAAUUAGUUGUUGUAUAUCAUCUAGUAAAAGAAAAGCACUUCAAGUCUCAGGAAGGACUGUGGUUAGGCAUUCAACUCCCCAUGAAAGGAACACCUGCAACGGUCAUGCUAGUCAUAGAAAAGUGUCUGAGAGGUUCAUAUUUGUAGCGCUUGUGGUUCAACAUGUAGGCACCAGUCACUCAGGAGAUUCACUCGUUUGAAAUGCGCGAUUCCCUUAUGAGAUAUGUAUGGUUUUUCUAAUCUUUAAUCGCUUCGUAAAAAAAUCUAAACUCAACGACAAAUGGAGUUUAAACAUUUCUUUAAUUGUGUAUAAUACAGUAAUAAUCCCAUUAUGAAAGCUUGGAUCUGCAGGAAUUAAUGUUGUCAAAUUCAGACUCUACAACUUCACUUACGACAAACAGCAUAUUCUAUAACAGAUUCAUACGUACCGUUCUGUUCGUCUUGUAGAUAUCUCACUACAUUAUUCUACGUACUUGCUUGGUUUUCCAAUAGCAGGAUUGUGACUGUAAGACAAGUCAUUUCUUCAUCAUUUCUGCUCGACUUGUUCAUGUGCUCAAAACGAAGUUGUAAAUUUCUGACUUCGAAUUAUCAUUAACUUCCUUUAAUUUCUGCUAUUUAGUUCUUAUAACUAAUUUAUUGAAGCUUUAUUGCUGAAUUGUUUACGGUAAUCAUAGUUUGUUCCAAUUGCUUGGAAGAGACUUACAAUACAUUCAGCCCGUAAAGCGCACCCUACUUUUUUAUCUGCUCUUCGUUUCGAAGGCUUUUUUUGAGUUCUUUUGUUUUAGAAUUGUCGUUAUCCUUAACUUAAAAAAAAAAAAAAAAAUUGCGUUCCCUUGUUUUGUGAAGCCUUUUGAUAAAUUUCUCCCCCUUCAGGCAAAUCCGUGUUUUUGGUUUGUGCGGAUUCAACUUUAUUAAAGAGAUAAACUACAAAAUGGCUCAAAUUCAGUGGCGGUUAUCCAGAAUCUGCUUUCUUGUGUUCGUGGUCUUGUUGGCAUUUGUCUUUUAUUUUUCUAUUUUCAGUAAUCGAUUUACUACUUCCGACGGAUUGAAUCAACUGCAAAAUUAUUUUAGUCAGCCUUCUAGUACUUCCUACAAAGACUAUGUUGUACCCUUGGAUGAAGACUUGAUUGGAGAGAGCAAAACUUAUCAUAAAGCCGAGUAUCGUCCCUUUGACACACAAGAACCAAAGUCACAUGAAAUUGUAAUUCUCUUGGCAAGCGAUGGAAAAUCCUCUGGUGGAAAAAUCCCUCAUAUGUUUGAGCAAUGCAUUGAGAAUCGAGUUCAUUACGCCCAAGCUCAUAACUAUGUGUUUGAAUAUGUUAAUGUAUCCCAAAUGGACCUUCCUCCCGUAUGGGCUAAGAUGCCAGCAAUUUUGCAAACUAUGAAUAAGCAUCCACAGGCAAAGUGGAUAUGGUGGCUUGAUCAAGACGCACUAAUUCUCAACACUUCUCUCUCUUUACAGGAGUAUAUUCUUUCUCCACAGAGGUUACAGGAUGUUUUGCUUAAAGAUACACCGUUACGUUCUCCAUUCAGCAAAGAUUUCACAAGGAAGACUCCGAAAGAAUACUCGUUAGAAUUGGUUAAUACGUUGGGUCUUUUAAUUUCCCAAGAUUUUGAAGGCUUGAAUGCUGGAAGCUUUUUUGUACGAAGAUCGCCGAUGAUGGCUCUUUUCUUAGACCUUUGGCACGACAAAGCGUUCCGUGAUAACAGGGUAGCAGAUCAUGAACAGGCUCUUCUUGGUUAUUUUAUUCGGUAUCAUCCUGAAAUUGCUGCUAUAAUCGGAGUUCUCCCUCAGACCAUGAUAAAUUCGUAUCCUGUCGGAUGGGAAGAAAUGGGUUGGAAGCCCGGUCAUUUGGUGAUUCAUUUGGCCGGUUGUUGGGUUGAAAAUCGUUGCGAGCAAUUAUGGAAUGAGUAUCUAGAGCGGGUAUUCUAAAAUCUUAAAUCGCGUCCUUUCUAGUUCUCUCGUUGUAUACGCAUAUGUACCUGAAUUUAUAUUGUAUUUAUAUAUAUAUAUACAUAGUUUUCCUAUGAAAAAGAAACUUUUAUAUUUACUAUGAAGGAUUUAUUCUUAGUUUAUUUUUACUUGGUUCGUUCUUUUUGCUUAGCGUCAUUUAUGGUCAUGGUACCUGAAUUAAAUUAUACUUCGCUGGUGAUUAUAGAUGCAUACCAAGAAAGUUUAUACAUUUUUGGCUCUUACUAGAGAAAAAAUGAUAGCCUUGCAGUUUUGCAUUCUAAGUUAUUCUGCUCGAGCCUUUUGUGUCUAGAGUAUGUACAUUUCUUGCUUUCCUUUUAUAAAAUGUACCUUUCUUGUCAUAGCUCAUUGUUUAGCAUAAUUAUCGUAUUUCCUUGUUCUCCUUUUGUUUAUUUUUUUUUUG